UGGCUCGUUUACACCCCUUUCCCCUCAUGAAUUCACGUGAAAUCCGUCUCCUUUCCCUCUCAUGUUUCUUCUUCGUAUGACAAUCUUCUCUUUACAUUUCCUUAGUCCAAGUGUCCGUUCUCUAAUUUUCCUUAUAAACCUCACGCGCAUUCUCUCUCCCUCCCCAAACAAAGAGCCGAACUCCCAACCUCUUCAGCAAUAGAGAAAUGGCGGUGAACAUAACAUCCAUAAAGACCUCAUCAAACGGCAUAUGGCAGCACGACGACCCGCUCCACUUCACCUUCCCUCUACUCAUCAUUCAAACAACCCUCAUCCUCCUCCUCAGCCGCCUCCUCGCCUUCCUCCUCAAACCCAUCCGCCAACCAAAAGUCAUCGCCGAAAUCAUCGGCGGAAUACUCCUCGGCCCCUCCGCUCUCGGCCGCAACGAAUCCUACAUACGCCUCCUCUUUCCUCCAUGGAGCACUCCCAUCAUGGAAACCGUCGCCAGCAUUGGCCUCCUCUUUUUCCUCUUUCUCGUCGGCCUCGAACUCGACCUUCGCUCCAUUCGCCGAAACGGCCGCCGCUCUCUCUCCAUUGCUGCGGCGGGUAUCUCCCUCCCUUUCGCCUGCGGCGUCGGCGUAGCCUUUAUCCUCCGCAACAGAGUCUCCAACGCUGAUCAAGCCGCAUACGCUCCGUUUCUAGUCUUCAUGGGAGUUGCUCUCUCCAUCACCGCAUUCCCGGUCCUCGCCCGCAUUCUCGCUGAACUAAACCUCCUCACAACCCCGCUAGGCGAAACCGCGCUCUCCGCCGCAGCGUUCAAUGACGUCGCCGCAUGGGUUCUACUCGCGCUCGCGGUCGCGUUAUCCGGCGAUCAGAGCACCAGCCCAUUGGCUUCAGUUUGGGUUCUGCUCUCCGGGCUUGCUUUUGUCGCGGUUCAAAUAGCAGCUGUGAGACCGGCGAUGACGUGGGUGGCGCGGCGAGCUUUAGAGGAGGGCGUGGAAAGCGAGGCGUGGAUAUGUCUUACGCUCGCCGGAGUUUUGCUCUCCGGCUUCGUGACCGAUUUUAUUGGUAUACAUUCAAUAUUUGGCGCAUUUGUGUUUGGGCUAAUGGUGCCGAAAGAAGGGGAGUUUGGGGGAAGGUUGAUGGAGAGGAUUGAGGAUUUUGUGUCGGGAUUGUUGCUGCCGCUUUACUUUGCGUCGAGUGGGUUGAAGACGAACGUGGCGACGAUUAAGGGAGGGGAGGCAUGGGGAUUGCUUGUGCUAGUUGUUGGGACGGCUUGUGUGGGCAAGAUCGUUGGGACCUUUGUGGUGGCGGUGGCUUGCCGGAUGCCGGCGAGGGAGGCGCUUACGCUCGGAGUGUUGAUGAAUACUAAAGGCCUUGUUGAGCUGAUAGUUCUCAACAUCGGCAAGGAAAAGAAGGUACUCAACGACGAGAUAUUUGCCAUAAUGGUCCUGAUGGCCCUCCUCCUCACGUUUAUGACCACGCCCCACCACCGGAAACUUCAGCGCGCCACCUCUUCUUCCUCUUCCUCCCUCUCCGACGACCCAAAAGAACACCGCAUCCUCACCUGCAUUCACGGCCCCAGAGACGUCCCCGCACUCAUCAAACUCCUCGAAACCAUCCGUUGCGCCAACCCGAAAUCUUCCCUUAAACUCUAUAUCCUUCACCUAAUCGAACUCACCGAACGUUCCUCAUCCCUUUCAAUGGCUCGCCGCACCCGUCGCAACCGCCGUAACCUGCUCCGCCGAGACUCUCCGCGCGACCAAAUCGCCUUCACUUUCGAAGCAUACGCCCAAAUGGGUCGCCUUCGAGUCCGGCCAAUGACCGCCGUCUCCGCUAUCAUAACAAUGCACGAAGACGUCUGCGCAAUUGCAGACGAAAAACUCGUUUCCCUCAUCGUUCUUCCGUUCCACAAACGCUGGCUUGGCGGAGAUGUCGAGAACUUGGGCCAUGGCUGGCGUGCUGUGAAUCAGCGGGUGCUGAGAAAUGCACCGUGCUCUGUUGCUGUGUUGGUGGACAGGGGACUAGCGCAGGCUGGGUCCGUUCGAGAAAUCUGCGUCGUAUUUUUGGGCGGGCCGGAUGACCGUGAGGCUCUGGAAUUCGCUGGAAGGAUGGCGGAGCAUCCCGGAGUCGGUGUUAAAGCCGUUAGGUUUGUUGCAGAGGGACCUGACUUCAUGCUCCGGCCGUCUGCAAAGAAAAGUUCGGAAGACAGCUACUCGUUUUCGACGGCGGUGAUGGAUCGGGAGAGGGAGAAAGAGCUGGAUGAGGCGGCGGUGGCGACGUUCCGGCAGCGGACGGAUGGUGCGGUGAUGUUCGAGGAAAGGAAGCCGGAAGUGGGGGGUGUGCUUGAGGCGGUGUUGGGAAUUGGGAGGAGUGGAAAGUAUGGGGUUUUGAUUGUUGGGAAAGGGAGAUUUCCUUCGCUGAUGGUGGCGGAGCUCGCCGGAAGGGCAACGGAGCACCCCGAGCUUGGGCCGGUGGGGGAUGCGCUGACUUCGACGGCUAGCGGGGUGGUGUCGUCAGUGCUCGUGAUUCAACAGCACGAUGCGGUGCAUUCCGAAGAGACUCCGGUCUCCAUGGUCCUCAAUGGCGAUGGCGAGGCGACGGUCAUUGAUGUGGAGGAAAGAGUAUCGGGGUGAGAUUUUGGCCGUUGGAUUUCGCUUUAGGCUUUAUUUAGGGUGACUACUAUUACCGAAGCAAAUAAACCAUUAAGAUCCCAUUGUGAAUAUUAGCAGUGAAUAUUAUUCUAGUAUGUAUAAUUGCAGCGCUGUGUAUGGUUUACCGUAUUUCGUAGUUAUACAUGCUGAUGGGAUUUGUAUAUUUUAAUCCCAA